AUGCAAAGCUUCCUCACUCCCACUACAGAGAUCAAGACCGAGGACGACCUCUUCGGCCCCGGCGCCCAGCCCGGCACCGUCCCCACCGACCUCGAGCAGGCCACUGGUCUCGAGCGUCUCGAGAUCCUCGGAAAGAUGGAGGGCGUCGACGUCUUCGACAUGCGCCCCCUCGACUCUAGCCGCAAGGGAACCUUGGACGACCCCAUCCUGGUGCGCUCCGCCGGCGACGAGCAGCUUGCCGGCUGCACCGGCUACCCUGCCGACUCCCACGGCGUCAUCUGGCUCGGCCUUUCCAAGGAGCGCCCUGUCGAGCGAUGCCCCGAGUGCGGCAGCGUCUACAAGAUGGACUACGUCGGCCCCCAGGACGAUCACCACCACCACCACCCCCCGGAGAUCGCCGAGCCCAAGACCUUUGCCGACUUCGUCAAGCCCGAGUACCGUUACCGAUAA